CUCGUUUUUUUUUUGGUUCGGGUGCCACAAAUUAGAAAAAACCCUAAUUCCGAAAAUUUUCGAUUCCUUUCUCAUUCUCUCAAUAAGUUUCCGAUCUUCCUUUGGCGGCAAAGGCACGUAUCGAAACCCUAGAUUCGGUUUCUCGUUUCGGCUUAAUGGCGAGCGCGUCACGGGGAGAGAGCAGCAACCCAUACGGCGGCGGAUUGGGAACCGGCGGAAAGUUCCGUAAGCCGACGGCUCGUAGGUCUCAGAAAACUCCGUAUGAACGGCCACCAACCUCCGUGAGGGGCUCUGGAGUUGGAGGCGGUAGGGAGGACAGAGGCGGCGGCGGGUGGUUGUCUAAGUUGGUGGAUCCGGCUCAGAGGCUUAUUACCUAUAGCGCUCAUAAGCUAUUCGCGUCUGUUUUUCGGAAACGCCUCGUCUCGGGUGAGACGCCCUUGCAGUCUCCGGAGCAGCAGCGGCAGCUUCCUGAAAGAGAUGUGAUUCAGGAGACUAGAGUAGCACACAUGGAGAGGACCCCUGCUUUGUCCACGAAAAAUGAUGUGGUUCGGAUCCAAGAAGGCAAUGCCUCAGGCAAUCCAGGCAAGGAUGGAUUUAUGGACCUUGAGAAGAUGUUGAAGGAAAAAACUUUUACAAGAUCUGAAGUUGACCGAUUAACUGCACUGCUCCGUUCGAAAGCUGCUGAUUCAUCCACUGUAAACGGGGAUCAAAGAAAUGAUGCGAGUAAUUUGAGACAUCCACCAACACAGGAGAGGGCUAGUGCACAUCCAGAUAAUGGAAGUAUGAACGCCCUUGUUUCAGCACCUCUUGGAAGUUCGAGGGCUCUCGAUGAGGGCAUUGCUUCGCCAGCUCAGCUUGCAAAGGCCUACAUGGGUAGCAGACCUUCAGAAGUUACUCCUUCUAUGCUGGGGUUGCGUGGUCAAGCGGUUAGGGAAGAUUCUGUUUUCCAGAACAGAACCCCAUUUCCGUCAAAGUCACCUACAAUGUCACUGGUGCCAAAGCUUUCUGGACAAAGACCUCAGGAAAAUGGUUUUCUCACCCCUAGAACUCGGGGAAGAUCUGCUGUUUAUAGCAUGGCUAGAACACCAUACUCUAGGCCUCAGUCCACUGCGAAGAUUGGGUCUCCUUUCCAGUCACCUCCAAGCACAUGGGACGAAACCUUAUCUUCUGGUUCUAGACAUGGGUUUCAAUCGGGUCUCAAACGGAGGAGCUCAGUCUUAGAUAACGGUAUAGGAUCUGUGGGGCCUGUAAGGAGGAUUCGCCAGAAGUCCAACCUUUCUUCUAGAAGCUUGGCAUUGCCUGCCUCAGAAGGCCCGCUUUCUGUUCGUGCCAGUGGUGGACAAAACAUUACACAUACAGCUAAAGAUAGUGCAGAGGAUAUUCCUGGUUCAAGUUUUAACCUUGUCCCUUCCAGAUCCAAGGAUACGGCUAUGAAAAUAUUCCAGCAACUUGAGAAAAUGGAUUCCCCAAAGGAGAAAUCACCAAGCAAGUUAUCACCGUCUAUGCUACGAGGCCCGGCUCUCAAAAGCCUUCAAAAUGUGGAGUCCCUGAAGUUCUUGGAUAAUAUUCCUGAGAAGAAGGCAAAUUCGCCAGUCUCUAGUCAUCAAAAGCAGGAAAAAUCUGGAGGGAGUGGCUCCAGGGAGUUUUUAGCUCUAAGUGUGAAGACUGGUAGUGCUGCUGAUGACACUAACAAAGCAGGUUCCAGUAAAGAUCAGGAGACUCGUGUUAAAGGCGCUUAUUUGCCUCUCACGAGUUCUUUGGAAGAGCAUCCUCCGAAAAAACGAUCAUUUCGGAUGACUGCCGAUGAGGAUUUGGAGGAUGAACAUGUUGCAGCAACUACUCCAUUUGAAGAGGCAGAAAAACAGAAUGUCUUGAAAGUAGAGAAAGGUGUUGGUGUCAGCGUGCCUAAAGGGGAGAAGCUAUCUACUUCAUCUGAGACCAUAGCCUCUUCGUCAUAUACUCUUAAUGGUGACGCCUCUCAGAGUACUUCUAAUGGAUCUCUAGAAACUGGAAGGAGCCAAUUUUCUGCUUUUCCAAUGGAAUCUGUUAAGAAAAGUAAUAUGCCCUCUGAGCCAACUUCAAAGGUCACACAAGGGAAUGAGAAAUCGAGUAUUUCUCCUACCAAGACCUCUGGAGGGGAUUAUAUCUCUCGGGAAGAGCCUAAAAAGGAUGCUGCUGUGUUUCCUAACCUCUUCUCUUCACCUGCGGCCACUGACUUUUUAAAUCAAAACAAUGGUACAUCUGCAGCCAUCAAGUUAGAAAAGCCGAGCAGCUUUGCUUUUGGAGUAUCGGAGGCUUUUGGAAAGCCAACUGAAUCAAAGAAAACUGUUAGCAACAGUGCUUCUGGAGCUGAGUCAACUACCUUAGCUGAAUCAACCCUCAACGGUAGUAUAUUCUCAGGUGGAGCAAACGCCAUCAGUCAACCUCAGUUUAACGGCUCUCUUGGUUCAAACCCUUCCUUCUCAUCUAGCAUUUCGAAUACACCUUCCAAUAAUUCUGCGAGUGAGGUGCCAUGCGCUGUGCAAUCUUCUGCUGCUACUCUGACUUCCCCCAGUGUAUUUGGAAAGAUUCCGGCUGCCUCGAGUGUAUUUGGGAACUUGCCUGCUAAUACUAGUAACGACAGCAAUUCCGGCAACAACCCACUAUCAACUGCAGCACCUCCUCUCUCUUCUGCGUCGCCUUUCAAAUUUGGGGAACCUGCAGCAGCUCCAUUGUCUACUUCAACAGUAUCUGCACCUAGCGCUCAGGUUUCAAAAGAGACCGAAGUAAAGAACCCAACAUUUGGAAAUAUAAACAGUUUCAAGUUUGGUGGUAUGGCUUCAGCUGGUACGAGCACUGAAAAUACUGUUGCUGCUAAAACCUCAGAUAUUAAAAGCACGCCAGGCUUUAUGUUUGGGAGCUCCCCAGCUGUGGCAGACGCUGGUACAUUUAGCUUUGGUGGGACAUCCUCUGCGGCUGGCGGCAGCACAUUAAUCCCUUCUCUUGCUGCACCUGGGAGCUCUGCAAGUUUUGUGUUUGGUGUGUCAUCUUCCUCAACCCCAACCCCUGGGACGGAAAGCAGCAAGUUUUCAGGGACUUUUGCAACUACUACUGGAAGUAAUAUUUUUGGAACGUCCUCUCCUGCAUUUACAAGCUCUGGUAGUAGCGUUUCCGGAGGUGUAGCUGCAAGUACUGCAAGCAGUGUUUUUGGAUUCAAUGCUGUUUCAUCAGCUUCUGGUGCUAGCUCCCAAUCUCAGGCCUCGAACCUUUUCGGUGCUGCAAAUGGUCAAACGGGUAACAUUGGGAGCGGAACCACAACUCAGACACAAAGCGCUCCCUUUAUGUUUGGGUCAUCUGCAUCAGCUCCUACAUUUGGUUUGUCUGGGAACAACACUUCAUCGAACAGUUCCCCUUCAGUGUUUGCUUCUGGUUCAACCCCUCAACUGGGCUCGACAAAUUCGUCUUCAAGCUCUAGUGGUACAACUAGCUCUCCUCUGUUUGGGACGAACUGGCAAGCUCCCAAACCUGCUCCAGCCUUUACUUCCUCAUUCACCCCUUCCUCAUCUCCAACAUUUUCGUUUGGAGGAUCAUCUGCUGCUACCGCUUCAAGCGCUUCUGCUCCCAUGACCUUUAGUUUCAACUCAACCGCUCCUGCCAUUCCUCAGCAGUCAGUAUUUGGUAACUCAGCCCCCUCAGCGACUCCUCCCUCGCCCUUUGGAAACUCAACCCCCUCGUUUGCGUUUGGUGCGACUGCUACACCACCAAAUACUACAAACGGUUUCAACAAUAAUAACCAGCAAAUGAGCAUGGAGGACAGUAUGGCAGAAGACACAGACCAAGCCAACAAAAUAUCCAUGGUACAACAACAACCAGUGUUUGGACAACAGCCUGUCUCAAUGCCUCAACCAAGCUUUACCUUUGGAGGAGGAGCACCACCAGCAACGCCUCCAACAAUGGCUAACCCGUUCCAGUUUGGCGGCCAGCCGAUUGCAAGCACAGCGCCACAGAACGCAUCACCUUUCCAGGCAUCACAGAGUCUAGAGUUCCAAGGAGGUGGGAGCUUCUCACUGGGCAGCACUGGAGGAGGCGACAAGUCCGGGCGCAGAAUCAUCAAACCAAGGAAAAGCAACAGAAAGAAGUAAAAGCGGUAUGGAUCAUCAGUAUACAACUCAUGAAGAGUCUCAUUUUAUUUUACAGUCAGAACUUGGAUUCGUCAUGUUUUGAUGGAAGAGGUAAAAUGUCAAGAUGUGGGUUUUCAUUUUAUGCUUGUCUGUCAUUUUCGUGUUAAAGAGUCAGGAUUUGUGGGGUUAAAAUGUUGAGACUUAUAAAGUUGGUUGGAAAGUUUUGUAAUUUUUCAGAAAAUACGGGAUGUAAGAGUAGUAGUUUUGUCUAAAACUCUAUUGUACUAGUGUUUUUGUAAGGCACAACAAAUAGUCGAACUUUUAUUUA